GUCUAUUCAUUUUCCUUAAACAUUUUUUAAGCAUACAGCAUAGUGACUAGCCAGAAAUUGGUUACUCAGAAAAAAUGAAGGAAGGGAAUAUUUGCUUGGUAGAUAAAAUCGGGUUGAUUUGUACGUUCAUAGUGGGGUUUCAGCUGAUAAGAUUUGUGUUCAGGGUGAUUUACAAUAAUUUCCUGGCUACCGCCCUCAGGAUAAAUGCUGUUAAUUUACAAGAAACUGGAAAAUGGGCAGUUGUCACAGGAGCCACAGACGGAAUAGGAAAAGCUUACGCCGAGCUCCUUGCUAAGAGCGGGCUGAGUGUUGUCCUUAUUAGCAGGACCCAGUCUAAACUACUAGAUGUAGCCAAAGAAUUAGGUGGCAAAUACAAAGUGGAAUUCAAAACGAUUGCUGCAGAUUUCACGAACACAGAUCAAAUCUACCACGAAAUAGACAAACAACUCACAGGCCUCGACAUCGGAGUAUUGAUCAACAACGUCGGCAUGAGUUACUCCUAUCCAGAGUAUUUCCUCGACCUCAAGAACAAAGACGAAGUCUACAAGAACAUAAUAAGCUGCAACGUCUCCUCAGUCACCAACAUGUGCAAAAUCGUCAUGCCUGGCAUGGUAGAGCGACGCAGAGGGGUGGUGGUCAAUAUAUCCUCGACAGCUGCCCAGAUUCCCAGUCCCCUUUUGACAGUAUAUUCAGCUUCGAAAGCGUACGUUGUCAAGUUCUCUGACGAUCUAGCUGCGGAGUACACCAAGUACGGCAUCACUGUACAAUGCCUCUUGCCAGGCUAUGUCGCCACCAACAUGUCAAAGAUCAGAUCAUCAACCUGGAUGGCACCUUCUCCAUUGGUUUACGUGCGGGAAGCCAUGAAGACGAUAGGGGUGAAAGAUAGUACUACGGGUUACUUCCCGCAUACUUUGCUAGUUGGGGUAGUUCAUGCUUUGGAUUGUGUUUCUCCGAGGUUGUCGAGAUGGUUGAUUACUAGAACGAUGACCAAUAUUAGAGCUAGAGCGCUCAGGCGAGCUCUCGAUUGAGUUGGUGUUUGUAUACAUAUUUAUUGUUUGUUAUAUAGAAUAAACAAGUUUGUUUUCGGUUGUUGUUAUUCAUCAUUUGGUAUUGAAAGUUUUUCACAUCCCUG